GCCUCUGUUGACACCCCCCCCAAAGAAUCGUCCAACGCUAUGUGGUUGCCUCUGUUUUGUUUAGCAUGUAGAUGUAGCAUGUAAGCAGUAGUCCUACUUCCCCCACCCAGUCCCUCACCCCUCCACCACCGUCACCACCACCACGCCCUCGCCACCUUUUUGCUUCGAGUCCUCUCCUUCGUAUGUAUAAAGAGAGAGAGAGAGGGGGGCGGGCGGAGCGGUAGCAGGAUUUGUGAUUGCUUUGUUUGGGGGUCUGAAGAGCGUCGCACCGCCGAAAGCGACGCCAGCUCGCUUAAUAGCUGCUUGGAGGUGGCCGCAGAGCCAGCUCGCCUUUCGGAAGUUCCAAGUAAUAAGCAGAGCCACGGAUACUGGAUGAUAUCAACACCAGUAAAGGAGCCAAAAGGAAGCGAAGGAGAAGAGAUACGCAUAUAUAUAAGUACGAGCGACAGUAAAGAGAGCCGAAAGGAAAGCAAAGGCGAAGAGGGGGAGGUAAUAAAAAGGAGACGAAGAGAAAAGAAGCAGCGAGAUACGCAGCUACCACUCAUCAUCAUCAUCAUCGUCGUCGUCAUCAGUAGACGACACCCAUUUUUUACCUCCUCCUGAUAUACUCUCCUCCCUCUUCUUCUUCUUCUUUGCCUUCUUUCGUGAAGCCCACACCAUCGAGGGAGCACAGCGGCAGCGGAGCGGUGAUUCCAAGUAGGAUUAAUUCCUUCACCUUCCCCUGUUUUGAGAGAAGAAAGAGAGAGACUUUGGAGUGACAACUAGGCGGGAAGAUCGAGAGGAGGUAGGAGGAGUAGUCCUAUAGGUAUUCAAGAGCGGGAGGCUCGGGGAGACUGGCAGAGCAUAUACGUCAUAGGUUGAGAGAGAGAGAGAGAGAGAGAGCGCGAGCGAGAGAGGCGAGGAGAGGGAGAGAGUUGCUUCUGCUGGUGGUAAAGAUGAAGUUUAUGAAGCUGGGUUCCAAGCCGGAUGCUUUCCAGUCGGACGGCGGCAACAUCAGGUUUGGCCUUUCCCUUUCUUCGUGAUCGAGGGUCUGCUCAAAAUCGCUUCUUUUUUCGGAUUUUUACGAUCUUUUUUUCUUUUCGUUGUCGUGGUCUUUCUUUUGUCGGUUUGGAUCAGCUAAGGAGUUGCUUUUUAGACGUAGUUGUGUGUUCGUCUUCCAUAUCGUUCACCUACGGCGAUGGCUUUUUCGGAUUCAGUGGAUCUGAAUCACUGCCGAGUAGUUCUGGAUGAGAAGCUGGGGUGACUUUGCAAUCGCAGCACCUCGAAACAUCCUAUAGACGUCAGGCGAUCGGCAGUCAGCAAAGAAGAACACGAGAAAGUAGAGCGCAAACUGGGAGGUGCCCUGAGAGAUCUUUAGUCGUAUCUAGUUCCCUCUUGUUCCUCAUUCUCUCUCUUUUUAGGCAGAUUGUACAAUAUAGUUCGUGUAGGGGCUAAUUAUUUCUCCACCAAAGAGGAUGAAGGUGGUGAAGAGGAGAAACUCUUCCACCAAAGAUCAAAGCUUUUGGGAAAUGCAGAUUUGUGGCCGUAAGCGGUGGUGUUCCGCUGUCACAGUUGACGGAGGGAAUUGGAAUGGAGAAGGAUCGCGACAGCUUCAUCAAGAACAACAAAUCCACGCUCGGUCAGAGGCGACAGGCAGUGCUCCGACCCGGCACUGCCCAUACCCCAUGACGACGAUGCAGGAACACAUACCCUCCACAUUUUGCUUCAACUCCCACGUGAUGGAUGGACCGGGGCGAUCUGAAAGAGAGGCUGAUGUGAUGGUGAUCGCACUACUAAUAGAGGUGGAGGAGAACCAUGCGAAACAGGUCUCCAAGUCCCAUUCAGAAUGGGGCUCCUUGUCGGCGUUGGACCACAUCCCACUUGGUUUGCUGGUCCAGCAUUUUGGUGUUUGUGGUGUCUGAGCUACCAACAGAUGUAAUUGUACGUGUUGGCGAAGUGAGAUUUUUCUUGCACAAGUUUCCUCUUUUAUCCAAGAGCAACCGAUUACAAGGGUUGGUACUCAAGGCUGGUGAAGGCGGCACAGAUGAAAUCUACUUGCAUGAUUUUCCUGGUGGACCAAAAACCUUUGAGAUUUGUUCUAAAUUUUGCUAUGGCAUGACCGUGACGCUCAAUGCCUACAAUGUUGUCGCGUCUAGGUGUGCCGCAGAAUACCUCGAGAUGACUGAGGAUGUUGAGAAGGGGAAUCUGAUAUACAAAAUUGAGGUUUUUCUGAACUCAAGCGUGUUACGAAGUUGGAAAGAUUCUAUUAUUGUUCUACAGACCACAAAGUCUAUGCUACCGUGGUCCGAGGAACUUAAGGUGGUUGGAAGAUGCAUAGACUGCAUCACUUCCAAAACAUCUGUAGAACCGGCUGCUGUCACUUGGUCAUAUACCUAUGACAGGAAAUUGACAGCCUCAGAUGAUAUAACUGAAACCCAAAAAAGAAUGCAUCAAGUUCCUAAUGAUUGGUGGAUCGAAGAUAUAUGUGAGCUGGAUGUUGAUCUUUACAAGCGAGUGAUGGUCGCCCUGAAAUCAAAAGGGAGGAUGUCUUCAGACAUGAUCGGAGAGGCCCUCAAGGCCUAUACGGUUAGAUGGUUGCCAGAUUCUUAUGAUGCACUGGUUGCUGAUGAUUACAUGAAAAGGAACAGGAUUCUGGUAGAAACCAUUAUCUAUCUACUGCCUUCGGAUAAGUACUCAGGGUGUUCAUGCAGGUUUCUCCUGAAAUUGUUGAAAGUUGUUAUCUUGGUCGGAGCUAGAGAUCCAUCAAAGGAAGAACUUAUAGAUCGGAUUAGUAUGCAGCUGCACAAAGCAUCUGUUAAGGACCUACUGAUUCCAGCAAAAUCAAGUGGUGAUACAAUAUAUGAUGUACAUCUGGUGCAAAUCCUUGUUGGCAAAUUCAUGAUGCAAGUUGGUAGCACUCAUGACAUGAACAUUGCUGAUGAGAGUGAAAACAUAUCUUUGCUGGCUUUAGGAAGAUUGAUCGAUGGUUAUCUUGCUGAAAUUGCCUGCGAUUCAAACUUGUCGAUUUCUAGCUUUGUCGAUCUUGCUGAGUCCAUUCCCGAUGCAGCAAGACCUGAUCAUGAUGGAUUAUACACAGCCAUCGACAUCUAUUUAACGGAACAUCGAAACAUGACAAAAGCAGACAAAAAGAGGAUCUGUGGCCUGAUGGAUGUCAAGAAGCUCUCAACAGAAGCUAGCAUUCAUGCAGCACAGAACGAGCGUCUGCCACUCCGUGUGGUCGUCCAAGUCCUUUUCUUCGAGCAGUUAAAGGCGGCAGGGGGUGCAUCAGCAGCGACCAAUGACACUUCACAUGACAGUUCGAUGAAUCGAGCCAUCUUGGAAGAAGAUUGGGAGGGGAGAGUCUCAGAGAAUGACGACAGUCUAAAGCAGCAACUAGGGAGCUCGAAGAUAAAGGCUGAUGAGUGCCAGGACGGUGACGACAAGAAGAGUGUCAAGGACAAAGGUAGUAGCUUACUACUCCUGCCAUCUAGAUCAAGGAGGAUUUUUGACAAGCUGUGGGUUGGGAAGGGACAGGGUGAGACAAUUAAAAGCUCUGAAACAUCUGGGAGUUCACAAAGCCCUCCUAUCUCUGUGAAACCUGGAGAAGCCAAAUCUUCUGGCUCUUCAAGGCACAUGAGAAACUCUAUUUCAUGAGAAAGAUUCUCAUGUAGAAUGUCUCAUGGGCACACUGUAUAGAAGAAGGUGUUUCAGCUGCCGAUCUUAAUACAUGUUUUCUGCUGGUGUUCAAACUGUUCUCUUCCUCACAAUUAAGGGAGGUCAGAAAGCAGAUACAAAUCUGCUCUAUAUCAUCAUCAUCAUCAUCAUCAUCAUCAUCAUCUUUUGAUUUAAUUUAUCUGACAUCUGAUCUUUAAAGUCCUGACAAGGAUGAUUGUAUAUGUGAAAUAACUGCAUGCGAUUGAAGGAUCAUAAGAUCAGAUUGCUUCCA